CCUCUGGGAUACCGCAGCAUGACCGCCGGAAGCCGGGCUCGGUGGCUCUCGCUGGUGGCCCUUUGCUGGGCUCUGGCGUCGAGGGGCGCGACCGGCUCGGCUUGCGCUCCGUGCAAGCCGGACCUCUGCGCGUUUGUGCAGUGCGCCGUGCCGGAGCUGACGGCCCGGGACGAGUGCGGCUGCUGCGAGCGUUGCCUCGGCGCGGAGGGGGAACGCUGUGGCGGGACGCGGGGCGCUCGCUGUGGCCCUGGGUUGGUGUGCGUGAGCCAACGCCAGGCAGAAGCGCCCGAAGUCGACGCCGACGCCGAAGAGGGAACCGGCCGUUGCGUCUGCAAGGAGGACGGCGCCGUCUGCGGCUCCGACGGCCGGUCCUACAGUAGCGUGUGCGCUCUGCACCUGCACAGCUGGCGCGCGCUCCUCGACGGCCGCGAGCGCGUCCGGAAGGCCCACGACGGCGAGUGCAAACUUGCUCCUGCUAUAGUUGUGCCACCAAAAAGGAUUCACAAUGUAACUGGAGCCCAGGUCUAUUUGUCCUGUGAGGUGAAAGCUGUUCCAACACCAGUCAUCACUUGGAAGAAAGUCACGGAGUCCCCCAAGGGAGUUAGGCUCUUAGAAGAAUUGCCCGGAGACAGAGUUAACAUGGCUGUUCAGGUUCGAGGUGGUCCCUCUAAGCAUGAGAGCACAGGCUGGGUUUUGAUUAAUCCUCUGACAAAAGAUGAUGAGGGUGUUUAUCAGUGUCAUGCCACAAACAUGGUGGGAGAAACGCAGGCAGAGGGGACUAUUAAAGUCCUGCACCAAAGUAAAAAUAAGAAGGAUCACUUCCCAGCAUCAGAAGACGUGAAGUAGCAAGACCUCCUCCAGUGGGAUCGGAAUUGAACACAAUCUAGACACCAAUGGAUGGAUUAGUGAUUGCUUUCUUACUUUCUGAAGACUAGAAGACACUAUCUCAAUCUUUUCUUGAGUAAUGGUGAUAUUUGUACCCCCUUUUUAGUGUUUGAUGAAUAUUGAACAUGUAGUUAGUAUGGAACGAAGACAUAAUAAAAGCAUGUUUUUUUAAAAAAAUGUUUUUAUUGGCACGCUCAAAGUACAUCUAGAAAACAUUACAACUUACUACAGCAACAAAUUAACUGGCAAAAUAGUAAUUACUGUAUUCAAGGCCAUUUAAAAUUAAGACAUGGACAAAAUAUUCAUUUGAGCUCUCCCUUCACUAAGCAAUCAAUUCUCCAUCAUUUUUGUCCAUAAAACUAAAUGGCCUACCUACUAAAU